CCAGCCCAGAAUUGUCACCAGCAUGCAGCAGUCGAGAUGACAACGAGGCUUCCUUAUAAAACAACAUUCGAACCCGAGAGGGCCAUACAGCCCAUCUUUACAGGGGGCUCAAUCUCACUGGACAAUGGCGCCAAGAUCCUUGCCACGACCCUUGGUGAGGAUGCGGUCCUGACUGACCUUUUGACUGGGAGGCAGCUGGCCAAGAUUGAGGGGGAUGACGAGCAAAUUUCGACCUUGACCUUGACACCUUCCGCCUCCCAUCUGAUCGUUUGUUCUCGGUCUCUCUCUAUGCGCAUAUACUCCCUCAAGAUUUCCGACGAUCAAGGCGAGAUCGAAGCGACCCUUACACGAACCCUGAAACCACACGGGACUCCGGUGGUCGUCUUAGCCGUUGACCGCACUGGCACCCUCCUCGCCACCGGCGCGGCGGACGGCAAUAUUAAAGUCUGGGACUUGAUCGGCGGAUACGUCACGCACACUUUCAGGGGCCCAAGUGUCCUUGUUUCCGCCCUCCAUUUCUUCGAGAUCGCCUCUAGUCGCCUGGCAGACGAGCAGCUGACCGGCAAGAAGGGCAAAAAGACCAAGAGGAAGAGUGACGUGGGUGGUGAAGACAAGGAUUCCGCGACUGCCAAGUUCCGCCUGGCGUCUGGCAGCCAAGAUGGAAAAAUCAGGGUUUGGGACCUACACAAGCGCGCAGUGGUCGCAGACCUCGAGUCGCAUGUGUCUGACGUUCAGGGGCUGGACUACUCCCCGUCGCAACAUGCGCUGGUCACGGCCAGUCGUGAUAAAACGAUGAUCUGGUGGGAUGCGAAAUCGUGGGCGCCGAGAAAGGUCAUCCCAACAUUUGAGACGAUGGAAGCCGUUGGGUUCUUGGAGGACGGCGGGCUGACGUACACCGCUGGCGCCAACGGUUGUGUAAGGCUUUGGGACUCCGAAACAGGCCGUGAAGUGACGACGGAACAGUCCUCAAAGUCUGAGGGUGACUCGAUCGUCGCAGCAGUUCUGUGCUCAGAGCAGAACCUGUUGCUGACUGUCCAGAUGGACCACACGCUCGUUCUCUACCGAACACCUUCGAUGCGAGACGCUCUCACAAUCCCUGAAUUGCCACCACUUGAACCGCUCAGGAGGAUCUCUGGCACUCAUGAUGAGAUUAUCGACCUUGCAUACGUCUUGCCCGACCGCUCCAUGAUGGCACUGGCCACGAACUCGGAGGACGUGCGACUUGUUUCCGUGGCAGAGUCACAGGUAGGAGCAGACGAGAUCACAGGGGCAGGCCAGUACCUAGGCCAAGACAUAGGUCUCCUCAAAGGACACGACGAGAUCGUGAUCACUCUCGAUGUCGAUUGGUCUGGGCACUGGAUUGCGACGGGCGCAAAGGAUAACACAGCUCGGCUGUGGCGGGUGGAUCGGGAGAACAACAGUUACACGUGUUGGGCGACAUUUACAGGACACGCCGAGUCUGUAGGCGCUAUCGGCCUUCCGAAGACUAUUCCCCAGGAGUCCUCUGCAGCAUACCAGGACCCAGUCAACAACCCCCCGGCGGUACUCAUGACAGGAUCACAGGACUUGACAGUGAAGAAGUGGGAAAUCCCACGGCAAGCCCAGAAGAAGGCCAAAGCUCUGUUCACGAGGAAGGCCCACGACAAGGACAUUAACGCACUUGACGUAAACAUCUCGGGCCAACUAUUUGCAUCCGCAUCUCAGGACAAGACUGUCAAGAUCUGGUCUGUUGCAGAGGGUGAAGUACAGGGUAUUCUCCGAGGCCACAAGAGAGGUGUUUGGUCAGUAAGAUUUGCACCAGCAAACACUCCCGUAAUCCAGGGCGAUAAGGGUGCGGUGGCCGGGAAAGGACUUGUCUUGACAGGCUCCGGAGACAAGACUGUCAAAAUCUGGAGCUUAUCGGACUACACCUGCUUGAGGACCUUUGAGGGGCACUCGAACAGUAUUUUGAAGGUGGCAUGGCUCAACCAGCACGCCGAGGGCGACAAAGCCAAACGGGUCCAAUUCGCCAGCGCCGGCGGUGACGGUCUCGUGAAAGUUUGGGAUGCCAACAGCGGCGAGACCGAGACCACGCUGGACAACCAUGAGGACCGCGUGUGGGCUCUUGCCGUGCACCCCGAGACGAAUAUGAUCGUUUCCGGAAGCGCAGACUCUACCGUUACCUUCUGGAAGGACACAUCAUCUGAGACGCAGACUGCGGCUGUUGAGGCGGCCACCAAGCUUAUCGAGCAGGAGCAGGAGCUUGAGAAUUACAUGCACACUGGUGCGUACAGAGAAGCCAUCGCGCUCGCGCUGCAGCUCAACCACCCUGGGAGGUUGCUCAACCUGUUCACGAAAGUGGUGAACUCGAAGGAACCAGAUCAGGGAAGCUUGUCUGGCCUCAGGGCGGUCGAUGAGGUUCUAGCAACGCUAUCUGACGAGCAGAUCUUCCUACUGCUUCUGAGACUGCGGGAUUGGAACACCAAUGCCAGGACCGCGUCAGUAGCCCAGAGGAUCCUGUGGGCUCUGAUCAGGAGUUAUCCGGCCACCAAGUUCUCGAACCUGUCGGUCAAGGGAGCACGUGGGCAAAAGAGCUUGACGGAGGUUCUCAAUGCAUUGAAGGUGUACACCGAGAGGCACUACAAGCGUACGGAGGAGCUGGUGGACGAAUCAUACCUGGUAGAGUACACGUUACAGGAGAUGGAGAACUUGGCACCCAUGAUGGACAUGCCUGCGGCUGGUGAGAACGGGGAGGGAGAUGUCCUGAUGCUGGAUGCAGCUUCAUGAGGUGUAGAAUAUGAUGGGUGAAUAAAAUAGAAGUGAUACCAAAUCAACCUAGUGAAUCCAAGCCAACAAACUUUUUUUCGGAAAAGUGGCUUUUCAUAAACAUUUAAGUCGCGAAUGUGAGCAGGUCGAAAAAUCAUGGAUAACCUGGACACUAGAAAAACCUAAACACCUCACUGGCAAUGCAUCAUUUUCUGCUUUGAACCACCAUACACAGUAAGAUAGGC